AUGAACGUCAAAGAAACGGAAGAGCAACAAAAGUUACGCUUUCAGAUCGAAUUGGAGUUUGUACAGUGUUUAGCAAAUCCGGAAUAUUUAAACUUUCUCGCUCAGCGGGGCUACCUGAAAGACAAGGCCUUUGUCAACUACUUGAACUACUUACAGUACUGGAAAAAACCGGACUACGCCAGGUUCCUAAAGUAUCCAAUGUGCUUGUACUUUCUGGAACUGCUGCAGUAUGAACACUUCAGACGAGAGAUCACGAACGCUCAGUGCGCCAAGUUCAUCGAAGAUCAGCAGUUGCUACAUUGGCAGCAUUACACCAGAAAGCGAAUGCGACUCCUGCAGCCUCCGCAGCAAGAUACCGCUGCGGCUUCAACGACGCCGCUUUCACAGAAGUAG